AAAUAAUGUAGAUAACUCUAGUGAGGUGAUUGAAGUAGGUCCAAUAUUUGUAGACAUGAAUAUAACAACCACUGCAAUAAUGUCGAGUGAAAAAAGAGAGUGAUUUGCCAUUUAGCAAAUUGCAAGUAAAUUAGCGGUCAAGUUUUUGUUGGUUUUGGGAGCUAAAAGAAGCUGAUUUAGCACAAAGAAAGUGAAAGCCAAUAACCAAAAUCCAAGAAAAGGCCACAACCGCAUUCGCCCGUCUCAAUCCCCGUAGUCCCGUCUUCCAGAGAACUUCAUACACUUUCCCAGUCCCCACCUCACCUCACCGCACCAGCUCAGUCUCUCUCUCUCUCUCUCUCUCUCUCUUUCUUUCUCAUUUUUUCUUCUUUGGGCAUCAUCAAAUGUAAAGAACAAUGAAUUGCAAACCCAAUUAAUCACUCCAUCAAUCACUCAUCCAUUUGGGUCUUGGUUUUUUAAUUGUGGAAAAGGGCCUUGAAAAGGUGUUCCUUUUAGUAAUUUGUUAAAUUUUGGGAGAUGAGUAAAGGGAGGCCACCGGAGCCGCUUGAUUUCUUCAUCUGGACUGUUGAGGAUGUUGGCUUAUGGUUGGAAGAGAUAAAUCUUGGAAGUUACUGCCAAAUCUUUAGAGAAAAUGGUGUAAAUGGAGAAUAUUUGGAAGGGAUGUCGAUGUUUACCACCGAACAGAUACUUAGGUUCAUAAGAAGGUGUCACAUGAAAUGGGGAGACUUCAUAACAUUAUGCAAGGAACUGAGACGAAUAAAAGUUGCUUGCCUGAAAGGAGAACAGAAGGUUCGACGACCUUGGUGGGCCCCAUCUUGCCUUUCCGCGGUCUUUGUCAAAGUUGCAAGGAGGAAUAGGCAAUCAAGAGUGGUUUCCUUAAAGCUGGAACCUUGAUAUAGAUAUCCUUGUAUGUAUGUACUUUUGGUCUUCUUUUUUUUUUUUUGCCCCCUUAAUCUUUUUAGUUUUAAAAGUAAAGGAGGGAAAUGCACAUUUUCUUCCUUUUUUUUUUUGGGGUUUGGUUGGGAGAAGACAAUUGGUGAUCUGCCACCAAGAUCUUUGGUUCUUUGGAGGACUUCAACUUGUGCCUUCAUCUCUCCCUUUUUCCCCCUUUUGUAUUAGUAUUGUAGUAUGCAUACAGAGCUUGUUAUAGUGAUUACAAUGUGGAACAUAUUCUGACAUGGUGAAAAGAGAUCAUGGAUCAUGGUUCUGUAUAUUUGGUUUUUGUGUACCUUAGAAUAACCUUCAGAGCAAGACUUUCUUUUAGAAAUUAUCGGAUGCAAUCUGCGUGAUAAGCCAUUUAUGAUUUUUGCUCAAUUUCAUGUAUUCAUAAACCGAACAUUCAACUUUAUUUUUGACCCCAAAUGUAGAAUGUAACUAUCUAAAG